AUGGCUUCAGGAUAUCCCUCCAGAGCAGAUCAAACCCUGUUUAAGUUAGGGGAGUACAUUAUCUUGGACGUACUUGGGGAAGGGCAUUUUGGUGCAGUCACUAGAUGCUUUCACCCUCAGACUUUAGAGGUCGUGGCAGUUAAAACCCUGAAGAACACCAGUAGCAGUCUCCAAAACGAAGUUGAGAUCUUGGAGGAGUUGCGCCUCUUACAACCAGACAAGUACAAUAUUGUCAGGUUCAUUGAAUACUUUGCAGAACAGGACUCCGAAUGCAUGGUAUUUGAAACAUUAGACAGGAGCCUGCUCGACUUUAUAAGGAUGAGAGAAGAUGUAUUGUCUUUGUGUGAGCUCCGUCCAGUGGCACAGCAGCUCCUGGUGGCCUUUGACGGUCUCAAGACGGCUGGGAUCAUUCAUGCAGACCUAAAGCCAGACAACAUCAUGCUGGUGAACCACAGUAAGCAGCCUUUUAAAGUCAAACUCAUUGACUUUGGCCUGGCUAAUUAUGCAAACAUGAUGGACUUCAUGGACAUAUGGCAGCCUUUUCCAUACCGAGCUCCAGAGGCCACUCUAGGCUGCAUAGUCACUGAGGCUGUGGACAUGUGGUCUCUAGGCUGCACUCUGGCAGAGUGCUUCACAGGAUACCAUCUUUUCGGUGGGUACUCAGCCUACGACAAUCUCAGGACCAUCGUCGAACUGUUAGGACUUCCAAGUGCAAAAGUGCUCCAAAAAGCACAUCUGUCUGUAGAUUUCUUUACAAGCCCUUCAGGUGACUUCACACAGUGGAGACUUAAAACCUUAGAUGAGUACUAUGGCAGUCAGAGAGAAGACAUGCCCAUGGUCUCAGAGGGUCUAGCUGGAAGAUUCAGCUCUUUAGAGAGUGUUUUUCAGGGGUCUCAUACAAGAACGGGAGACCCAGAGCACAGAGACAGAUUGGCCUUUGCUGAUCUCAUAAAGAGACUUCUGGACCUGGACGAUGAGAUGAGAAUCACUCCCAAGGAGGCACUCCAUCACCCCUUUGUGACGAUGGAACAUCUGAUCGGUGAUGACAGUGAAUACAGUGAGAACGCUCGUGGCCUCAUGGCCUUAGCUCUUAAAGGGUCCACCACUGUGUCUGAUUUGAGCCCUCCUGAACAGCCCAGUCCACACAUCCCACAACAUGUACCAGAGCCGCUCCGAGAUGAGGAGGAAGCAAUAAGACCCACCCAAACACUGGAGCACAUAGACAACACAAAGUGUUUCAACCAGGGUAUUCUAGAGACUCCAAUGGACAACAAGGAGAACAUCCAGUCAGAGAAGUCUGAACACUGCAUCGACGUCACAGGCUCUGAAGAUCCUGAUCCAAUUUGGGAAGCGUCAAAUGCCAAAGAAGACAGGCCAGAUUACAUUGUCAUCGACAAUCCAGACGACAUCGUACACCAGGACUCAGAUGUUGCCAGUUCUAGCCUGAGCAGCUCCUGCUCCAUUUUGGGAUGUUUCAAGACAGUGGCAUUUGGUGGUUUUCUAGCAGGACAGACUGCUCUCAGUUAUGUGUUAUCAUCAUUGCUGGAGCCGUUGUACUCCCCAUAA